GUGUGCUCAGGGUGCGCGCGCCGCCUCAGCCUGCCGCGCCGCCCGCUCCCGCCGCUCGGGCCCGCACGUCGCCUCCCGAGCGGCCGUGGGCAGAGUCCGCCAGCCCUGGACCCGCGUCCCGCACCCGGACAGUCCCGAGCCAUGGGGGUGUUGAUGUCCAAGAGGCAGACAGUGGAGCAGGUGCAGAAGGUGAGUCUGGCUGUGUCUGCCUUUAAGGAUGGGCUUCGGGACAGGCCUUCCAUCCGACGAACAGGUGAGCUACCAGGGUCUCGCCGUGGCACUGUAGAGGGCUCUGUCCAGGAGGUGCAAGAGGAGAAAGAACCAGAAGCAGGCAACCCAGUGGUCCAGGAAGAGAGCAGUGUCCACCGUGCAGCCUGGGAACGGCUCCGAGAUGGGCGUGGAGUAGAGCCAGAGGAGUUUGAUAAAACCAGUCGAUUCACACCCCCUGCCUUCAUCCGCCCUACCCGGAAGCUGGAUGAUGACAAGCCUCCAGAUAUCUGCUUGGAGCCCAGAGAGCCCGUUGGCAACGAUGAGAUGUGCGACAUCUGUGAGGUCUGGACGGCUGAGAGCCUCUUCCCAUGCAGGAUCUGUACCAGGGUUUUCCAUGACGGCUGCCUGCGCCGCAUGGGCUACAUCCAAGGAGACAGUGCAGUGGAGGUGAUCGAGAUGGCCCACACAGAAACAGGCUGGAGCUGCCACUACUGUGACAACCUCAACUUGCUGCUUACUGAGGAGGAAAUGUACAGUCUCACAGAGACCUUUCAGCAGUGUAAAGUCAUCCCUGAUUGCUCCCUGACCCUGGAGGACUUCGUGCGCUACCGCCACCAAGCAGCAAAACGAGGGGACAGUAACAGAGCUUUGAGUGACAAGCAAGAGGAACAGGCAGCUCGCCAGUUUGCAGCCCUAGACCCUGAGCACCGAGGCCAUGUAGAGUGGCCUGACUUCUUGUCCCAUGAGUCCCUCCUACUUCUGCAGCAGUUACGUCCUCAGAACUCUCUGUUGAGGCUUUUGACAGUCAAGGAGCGAGAACGAGCCCGAGCUACCUUCUUGGCAUGGGGCAGUGGGAACACCAUCAGUGAGAAAGAGUGUCGCCGUGCCCAGCACUCUUGGUUCGGCAAACACCUCUCAGAGGUUCCUUCCUGCAGCGUCAGCAGCAUCAGCCAUGUGGGUCCCAUAGCAGACAGCAGCCCAGCCAGCAGCAGCAGCAAGAGUCAGGAUAAGGUCCUACUGUCUACAGAGCAGGAGUCCAGAUCUGUGGACUGGCCUACCUUCCUGCAAGAGAAUGUCAUCUACAUCUUGGCUGCUCGCCCCAACAGUGCAGCCAUUCACCUGAAGCCCCCAGGAUAGUGCGGAACAUAGAAUCUUGGUUCAGGGACAUUGGCAUCCUUUCCCUCUUUUCCUUUCUCCCUUUCCUCAACCAACCUCUGGCACUGAGACUCAUGGGGAUGGGGCACUGCCAACAUCUUAAUUUGUCAUUAAGCGUUAUGGCACUGAAAUCACCAUUCCCCUCACAGCAGAGGCAGUAAGUGUACUGCCACAGGGAGAAGAUGAGAGCUGUGGCAGCAUCCACUCCUGGACCAGCCCCUACCCUCACAUCAGAGACCAAACCUGCCACCACACACGCACAUAUAUGCACGUGCGCACACAUGCCUCGCUGUCCAUGCCUUUAGAAGCCUGGUUCUUUUUAGUUGAAAAGGACCAAAAUCCCUUUGUGGAAAAAAAAACCCAGACAUAGAUAAGAUGGUCUCUACUCAACUCUUCUGUUGCUCAGUUCUGAUUUCCAAUAGACAAUACUCGGAUUGAUUGAUUGAUUCUUAAAAAGGAAGUAUACCAGACUCACAUUCUGGAAAUGCUGAGAGGGCUCUUCUGCCCACACUGAAAGCCUCGUCAGCAGGGAGCUACUAUUACUAGUUGGAAUCUACUAUGUUCCUCAGGUGUGUGGGGGUGGGAAAAAGUUGAAAAUCACCACUGCAGUCUCAUCCACUAUUUAUUUAAAUUUUAAUUCCCUAUGACAGAGAAAGAAGCUAGCUUAUGAAACGCUGACCAGAAAGGGGGGAGGCAGCCUGUUCCAGAGACCCAGAAUUCCAGGAACCUCUCACCCAAGUCAUCCAAGUCCAUAAAUCCUGAGUAGAGUAGUUAAAAACUGGGGUGUGGGCUGGGGAUUUAGCUCAGUGGUUCCACCGCCUGCCUUGCAGACAGAAGGACCUGAGUUCGAUCCCCGGUACCAAAAAAAAUCAAACAAACAAAAAAAAUGGGAUGAACCUUCCUGGUCUAUUUUUCAAAUGGUAGCUCAUUACCCAAAGAACCUGAAUGGAACAAAUAUGUUGGCAGGAUCCCGAGCCCUCUGUAUAAGACUUCACCCAAGUCAACUACCACAGAGACCAAUGAGGAUAAGGUCUGCAUGGAAGAGGAGAGGAGAGAACUCAUGUUUUUCCAUCAUUCCAGGUCAACCAUAGACUUAGAAAAGUGUGCUAUUGUGUGGAGAACGGAUCCAGCUUCCACAACUCAAGAGAGAGCAGCUCUGUGAAGCCCUGAGAAGGGAUUGCCUUCUGCCGUAAUGACAAUAAGGAUAGGAAACAACUGGGCUUAUGAAGAAGAUCUGCAUCUCAGCUCUCUCAAGCACAGGAGGUCCCAGUAAAGCCUCCUAGAGGCACAUUUCCCCUUACCCCAUAACUGUGUGGCCUCAAUUGCUGCUUUUCCUCACUGUUCACUACAUGUCCUUACUCUUCAUGCUAGGGCCUGGGCCUGAUAUGGAGGACUUUGGGGGCAAGCAAGGCACCAGUGGUGCCAAACUUGGCCUGCAAGCCCUUCUCAAGUUUUCAUCAAGUUCUCAAGUCAAUAUGUUAUGGGUCAGCCCUGGCCUAGGGGCCCAGGUUCUGUAUUUCUGUUUCCAACUGCACAACUUAGUUGUAAGAAGACAUGACUACCAAGAAUUAUUCAAGAGGGAAUUGAACUCAGCCACACAGAAGCUAACAUAUCUCCAUUGUGUAAGGCCCUUGCACUUAGAGAAAGAGGAGACUACCACUCAGGGGACAGCAGGGAGCUGCAACUAGGGGCUUAUAAAGAGCCCUGUGUAGUCUUUCUGUAAGAAUGACCUAGAGCAGGAUGAUAAUCUUGGGAUAAAUUAUUUAGGAAUGAAAUGAAACAGGAAGCAAAUGUGGGUUCAUAUUUAUGAUCCUGAACCUUUGAAAAUCCACAGCUUCUCCUUAGCCAUAUUCCCAGGACUGAUCAGUAAGAGGGGUCAAUAUUCAGCCUAGUUUUUUUGGGUUUUUUAAAGGAAGAAAUGAAAGAAAACACACUCUUGCCCCUAAGGACUGCAUCUGAGGUAGCCGGGCCUGAGUUUUUGCACAGAGAAGAUUAACACAUUGAACAAGGGCUCUUGCUUACUAUCCUGGCAAGUAACCUAGUCCAGUAGCUGUGGGCUGCUCAACCUCAAAGUUAGGACAUUUUAAGUCUCUUGAGUUUUUGAGAGCUGAACAGUUUUUUUCUCUCCUGCCUCUUCAUCAGUCAGAGGGACUGAAAGGCCAUCUUCUUGGUCCCUAAUCUUUCACAGAUCAAGGCAAUGCCUACCGCUCUGGUACUGCUGCUUCUAGCUCUCAGCGGGUGAGUGGUGAGAGACCACCGGCCAGAUCAAGCUGGCUGUGUUCCAGGGUUUCAGAGCAGGCCCCAGAGUUCUUCCACAAUGGGAGCAGGCCCAUUUACGAUCACUCUUCCCUAUCUCAGGGUAGCAAGCUUCCUUGAUGGGGGUUCUGCUGUAGAGGGCCCAGGGGAUACUGUCCCCAGCAAAUUAAAAUAGAGUUCCUAAUCCACAGCAGGCAUAAGAAGCAGAAAAGCACACAGGGGCAGCCAGCCUCUUCUAUGUAAGUAUCUAGCUCUACCAAAGGGAGGGUCCACUGCCCCCCAGUCCAGAGGUGCAGAGCCCUACCCCAAAUACUUUGCAGUGUUCUAAUCCCUAGAGCUGUACUAUAGUAUGUACAGAGAUGUCCAGACUUUCAUCGACCCAGUUAGGCCCAUUCCCUUUUCAAGCAUUUUCAUCACUGUGACUGAAAUUCUGCCAAGUACAAAUUUAAUGUCUGCCUCUUAACAAGGGUAUGAAAAUAUUUCAAUUGUUUUUACACUUGGCUACCAAAAAUUGAGAUCAGUGCUUUUUCCCACCCCAAAUCCCAACCAUGAGAGGCUUGGGUUAUGUGUAUGCUCUUUUGAAGACCACUUAGGGUAAGUGACUGUUUUUACCCACCAGUCAUCCAUGCUCAGAUUUAAAUAAAAGGGCAUCUGAAUGACAACGUGGAGCUGCAGGGACGGAUGGUCACUGAGGGAGUGGCUGUGGCCACGUAAUCUCUGUAGGUCUGCAACUUUGCUUCCUUUCCUCAGGCUGUCCUUCUAACAGAACAUUCGAGCAGUGACUCCUCUAUGGUAUCCCAGAGAUGGAGCAGUUUCCUCACUCCUGGGUACUGAUUCAGUUCUCAAUUGCUCUUCCUUUGAGGACAGCUGCAGCAGAAGCCAUGAAUAUGUUGCCUUUUUCUACCACCAAAGCAAUGGACUAGAAUGGCAAACACCCACCUUUCUGGCCCUGGUGCACCUAAUGGAAUGUCACCCUAGCCUUGUCUAUAGUGGCCAGGUGUUGAGGUUCCCCCAUUCCUAUCACCAGUAUGGAAAGCACAUAGACUGCCUGAGGAGAGGGCACCUCACCAGGCAGUGAGCCCCAGGGUUGUGCCCAUCCCUCUUAUCCCAAAACACAACUUCAACCAUUGCAAGCAUCAAGGAUUUGGUAAGAGUGAUACCAGGAAGCCCUAAAGCCAAGAAAAAGGCUCAGCAGAAGGACUAGGCCAGCCAUGACACCCCAGAGCCAAAAAUAACCUCUAGGCAGGGCUGGUAGAAGGCAUUAAUGUUCCUGCAAGUAUGUCCCUUUCAGACCUGCAGAGUAAAGGCAGAGAUACAGUAUAUAGUCAUGAAUUGCUUAACAGCAUACAUUCUGUGAACUAAGUGAUUUCUUUGUAGUAUGAACUUUAUAACGUACUUAUACAAAACAAAACUAGGUAAUAUGGUACCACGUGCAUCACAGUUCAUUGUUGGAACAUGAUUGCUAUGCAGUGCAUGACUGUUCUGUACUUGGCACCAAAGGUCAAUCGAUCUUGAUGCCAGGAUUUCAGGACAUCCUUGAAGCAUUUGUAACUGUAGUCCCUUUUUACCCUUCCUAUUUACAGUGGAACAACAUUUCUCCUUUCUCCUUACCAUUUAGUUUGAAUUUGCUAAGAUAUCUCUCUAGGCCCCUGGCCACAGGCCAGACAACAGAGAUCUUGAGUGGGCACUUGGAGUGCAUCACUCCUGUUCCCAGUAGCUCAACCCUAGAGGGGAGUGGGGCUGAGCAUAUUCCCAGCUGUUGGUUUCUUGCUGCCCUUAUUUUUGGCAGCCUUAAAAGGAAAAGAAAAUGAAUGGGUCACAGAAUUUCUACUAGAUGCAACCAGCACUCAGGAAAAGCUGCCUCCCUCUAGGCCACCUACCCCAAUGACACAGAGGCAGUCAAGUCUUAUCUGGACCCACGAUUAAGAAGCCAAAUCACAUUCCAGCACCAGGAAUAGCACCAGGUUGGCCUUUCUAUAUCCAUGGUGAACAAAGGCCUUCAAGCUUAGCCUCCAGCUGAUAGGGAUGUCCAUGAUCUGUCUCCCAACCAAACACAAGAAAGGGAGCUCUUAAGAGCACUUGAGUAACAAUGGAGGAUCCAACACCCUCUAAUCCCUCCCGUCCUUUCCAUGUACUUUUCUGCAGAAGGUAAUUUGACAGUAAGCUGAGGAGAACAUCCUCAGGCCCUGUCUUCCUGUCUACAGCUGCAUGCUCCUCCCUUGCCUCAGCCUUCAUGCUACUCCAAGAAGAGCUCCCAGAGUACAGCAGAAACCAUAAUAAAGAGAUUGUGAUACUACA